AGGUGCAGCUGCUGUAUAUGUUCAUAGUGGCUGUGAGAAAGGCUUGAUAUUUUCACUUAACAGCAGAGAAAUAGUUCCCUAAAGAGGUCAGGUCCCUGUUUGCUAAAACUUCGGAAAUCAUAAAGAUUUCUUAACAAGCACGUCUCAGCUGCUGUGAAUAAAUCUUAAGAAGAACAGAUUUAGACAGGAUGUACAAGUUGCAGGUUGUUGUCCUGACACCACCGUGUUUGGCUUUCUCCCUCCUCCAGUGUUCGGGAUGAGAGUUGAAGAGAUGACUGUCAACGCUCACUGUCUGUAGUCUCCCCUGUGAGGAAAGUUGAAGAUCCACAUACACAGGGAAGUGCUCAAUGCUAAGGUUGCUUCUAAAGAUGGAGGGAUGAAUUGUACUAAAGACACAACUAAAGCCCUCUUGCACUCUAGACGUCACUCCGUGAUGUCCCGUAGCCCUGAGGUCAAGGAGGACCCCAUGGAGUGUCCCCUGUGCAUGGAGCCUCUGGAGAUCGAUGACAUCAACUUCUUCCCCUGCACCUGUGGCUACCAGAUCUGCCGCUUCUGUUGGCACCGCAUCCGCACGGACGAGAACGGCCUGUGCCCCGCCUGCAGGAAGCCCUACCCAGAGGACCCGGCUGUGUAUAAGCCCUUGUCCCAGGAGGAGCUGCAGAGGAUCAAGAACGAGAAGAAGCAGAAGCAGAACGAGCGCAAGCAUAAGAUCACAGAGAACCGCAAGCACCUAGGCAGUGUGCGUGUCGUCCAGAGGAACCUGGUGUUCGUCGUGGGCCUGUCACAGAGACUCGCUGACCCAGAGGUCCUGAAGAGACCAGAAUAUUUUGGGAAGUUUGGGAAGAUCCAUAAAGUGGUCAUCAACAACAGCACCUCCUAUGCUGGCUCACAGGGUCCCAGCGCAAGCGCCUAUGUCACUUACAUUCGUUCAGAGGAUGCUCUCAGAGCUAUACAGUGUGUUAACAACGUAGUAGUAGAUGGCAGAACACUAAAGGCGUCUUUAGGUACAACAAAGUACUGCAGCUACUUUCUAAAAAGCAUGCAGUGUCCCAAACCGGACUGCAUGUAUCUGCAUGAGCUGGGCGAUGAGGCGGCUAGUUUCACAAAAGAGGAGAUGCAGGCAGGAAAACAUCAGGAAUAUGAACAAAAACUUUUACAGGAGCUCUACAAAAUGAACCCCAACUUCCUACAGAGUUCUACAGGUCCUGGAGAAAAGACAAAGGGCAAAUCAGGCUCUGUACAGAGUUCCAACAGUAGCAACAAAGAGGCGUGGCCAUCAUUACAACCCAUGGAAAAAACGACCAAUGGGCUUUUAGAACAUCGCAAGAGCCCACCUCUGGAUGGAGGCUCAGACUGUGAGCAGCUGACUCCAGAUGGGCUUGACUCUGAGCUGGGCCUCGGUCCCCUCCCUGCCCUCUCCUCCUACUCCUCAAACUGUGAACUUUCCAGCCCUAGUGACAAACCUCCAGAAGCCAUCAGUUUAGGGAACGGAGAAACAUUAUCACAGAUCCCCUGCAGUGACUCUCCAUCGCCACCUCCUGGCUUGCCCAAGCCAUGUCUGGUGGUGCCCAUCAGUGUAGCAGGCUUGACGGCACGCUCGCCCUUCGAGGGGGCAGCCGCUGAGUCACAGUCUCUCUUCUCUGAUAACAGUAACUUCCGGCACCCUAACCCUAUCCCCAGCAGCCUCGCAGCCUUCCCCAGCUCCACAAACAGCAACACGGACUGGCCCACUGCUCCCGAACCACAAAGCCUCUUCACCUCAGAUACCAUACCAGUAUCAUCCUCUACAGACUGGCAAGCAGCAUUCGGUUUCGGCUCGUCCACCAAGCAGCAAGAGGACGACCUCGGGUUUGACCCCUUCGACAUCACCCGCAAGGCACUGGCUGACCUCAUCGAGAAGGAGCUGUCGGUGCAGGACAAAUCCUCACUGUCCAUGGGCCACAUGACCCCUUCGCUGGGACUGCCCCAUGGGCCUGCACACAGCCCUUUCCGCGGCAAGGGCCCGCUACUGCCCACCUCCCAUGCACACUUCCCACCAAACUCUGCAUUGCCUCCACGCGGCUUCUCACAUCUCCCCCAGCGGGCCGUCUACAGCUCGUUCAGCUUUCCAGGCCAGUCACAGGCCUUGCGCCACAGCUGGCUGGCUAUGUCGGUGCGUGGGGCAGUUCCGCACCUGAACCACAGCGCUCCCGCUGCCCCCUCCGCCACACAGCACAGCAGCUUCUUGGACUUGACUUUCCCACAGCAGCACAGCACGGGGCUAGGAGGAAUACCCAUCACAGAAAAUUGCAGUUCAGUAGAGAGUAUAAAUGUGAAAGAGUGGCAGGACGGCCUCCGAGCACUUUUACCCAACAUCAACAUAAAUUUUGGAGGGCUGCCCAACUCCUCAUCCUCCUCUUCUUCCUCCUCCUCCUCGUCCUCGUGCAGCGUGAACCACACAGGGGGCAUCACACACAGCUUGAGCUGGGAUGGCACAGCCAGCUGGAUGGAUCCUGCCAUCAUCACAGGUAUCCCAGCAUCCUCGGGUAAGAGUCUGGACUCUCUUCAGGAUGACAAUCCUCCACACUGGCUUAAGUCCCUGCAGGCCCUCACAGAGAUGGACGUCCCAUCUGGCUCCACAGUACCCCCCCAACCCCCGCACAGCACAUCCUUUGGGCCCCAGGUCCCCCUUCACAGAGCCAGCUGGGCCCCUUAUCCACCCCCACCCUCAGCCAACCCUGCCAGCCAGUUCCACUCUCCUCCACCAGGGUUCCAGACAGCAUUCAGACCCUCAGCCCAGGCCCCCACAGACCUGCUCCAGAGUGCUGCCAUGGACCGCCACUAGGGAAUGUGAAACUAACACCUCUUCCUUUACUUUGAAAAAGCCCAACAAACACAGCAAGCCAAAUCAAUUCAAAAAUACAAAACAAUUAACAAAAAUAAGAUUAUGUAUUUUUUUCUUCCUCCUGUCUUAUUACAUCUUUCUUAGUUUCAUGUCUUCUUGGUUCAGUCUUUGUAUUCACCAGGUGCUCUAUCCCAGCAUUCCAGGCCUCAGUGAUCAUAAGCAACUGAGUUCUCUAACACAUCAUAUUUAAGAAGAGAUUUAAAUAUUUGAGGAUUUUUAGCAUGGGGAAAUUGGAAAGUGGUAAUUCCAGUGAAAUGUGUUGUAUAGAAAUUAGUGUUGUAAAAGGAAUGGAUUAGAGUACUGGAGAAGACUCCAUUGAAGCAAUGCAACUUGGUCUGAAACAAGUAGUUCUGCCUUUAAAGCUAUACCAAAAAGAUUAGUACCCAUUUAACACCUGCCUGCACAGAGAAUAUGCUCCUUUCCACAAAUCUUUAAGGCCAAGUCAUUCAAAUCAAUAUCCAAAAAAUCCUCCUUUUUAAAAAAAAUCAUACUUACUUGGCAUUCUGCUAUAGAGGUUUAUUGGAAAGCAAAAGAAUGCAAAAAAUCUUUCCCUCUGUAUGUUUGGACUUUAACACUGUUCUGUUCUGGUUGCAGCAGUAAGGCUUUGUGGGGGUUCUAAGUGCACUCCCCUCUUAGAAUGUGGUUAUGACUCUUAUGAGCCAAGCCUUUAAAAUAAAAUCGAACAGGAUCUGCCCUGGACCGCGCCCCAUUUUAUUGGCACAGCCUUUUGGGGAGUGUAUUUCCAACCCAUAUGACUGGUACUAGGUAGGUCAGGGAGCUUUUUAACUGCAACACUGCACUUAACCUCUGUAUCAGAGGGUGGUGCCUUGCAAAAAUAAGACAGAUGCCUCAGUUUGGAAGAGCAGCGAAACUGUAAAAUCUCUUCAAGCAAAGGGUAGGUGCAGCAGGUAGGGCACCACUGUGUGGUGUAUUUUAAUAGCUGCCCAUACCUGAAGAGGACAUGCAGAAAGUGCUGUGUGUGCUACAGGGUUAGAUUCCCUCAGGAAACGAUGGCUGCAACAUGGUGAAGGGCUGUAGGAGAUAUUGCUGGGUGUGCUGUGUCCACACUCAGAUAGGGGACUUGUUUUGAGGAGACACAUGAGACAAACCCAAAGCCAUUGUUUUUGUUCUGCUUGUAACAUCAGUGAGGAAAGCUCUUAAUUUUGCAUUCUUUGAACUGGUGGGUGUCUGACCGAAACAAACAAAUCAUGGGUACAAGUUUUGAUUGAAUGAUGUAGUGCAAGAGAAAAUGACUGACUGUUCCUUUAUUCAUUAAAAAAUGUCUGUUUUAAAGGUGAGUUAACACUGUCUGAAAAGUACUGGAGAAUGAUCAUCUUACUUUUGUUCCUCCCACUCUUGAAUACCUGAGCAAAGUGAUGAGCUGGCCACACUGAUGGUGGAAGCUGGGAUAGCAGUACUGGUAGGCAUCAAUCAUUCUUUGAAAGCAGGGUCUUGCCAAGGGCCAUGUAACAACCAACUCUCUCCUCCCACUGCAAAUUAUCUUCCUCUUUUAAUGGUCUUAAUCCUGUAUCAGCUGUGUAGGGUCUUGCCAACUGUUCAGUAUUCAACAGUAUUCAAGAGAAAUGAUUGAACUGAAAUUCCAAGGAAAAAACAUUACAGUUUAACUUCGGGUUUUAUUUGAUGCUAAACAAUAAGGACGUUUAAAAAAAAAAAUGAGUUAAAGGCAUUGUACCUCUCUGCAGGUCUGGAAGAAAACAAUCUUAAAUAAAAGAGGAAUUAUGAA